AUGCACCACUCCCUGUGCAGACCGGAAGCCUCUGGAAGCCCAGGGCUAGCCAGUACCAGGCCCAGGCCCCUGACCCCACCACUCUCCAGCCACUGGCUGUGGCUGAGAAAUGAGGUAGAUCUGACUGCUAGGUGGUACCUGGAGGGCAUGCACACUCAACCAAUAGUUACCCCAGCACCAAAGCAGGUCCGUGGAGUUGGGAAGGGACAGAGAGAUAAGCAGAAGUGGGAUGCUGUGUCCAGAGCAGAAGCCCAGGGGAGGGGCCUUCCAGAGAAGGGCUCUCAGCAUCUGCUCGAGGAUACGCCCUCACCUGCUUCUUCCGACUCUCUUCUUUCCGCCCAGGGCUCAGGAUUCCGCUGGAAGAAUCUCAGCCAGAGUCCUGAACAGCAGCGGAAAGUGCUGACUUUGGAGAAGGAGGAUAACCAGACCUUUGGCUUUGAGAUUCAGACUUACGGCCUCCACCACCGGGAGGAGCAGCGCGUGGAGAUGGUGACUUUCGUCUGCCGAGUUCAUGAAUCCAGCCCUGCCCAGCUGGCUGGGCUUACACCAGGGGAUACCAUCGCCAGUGUCAAUGGCUUGAAUGUGGAAGGUAUCCGGCAUCGGGAGAUUGUCGACAUCAUUAAGGCGUCUGGGAACGUGCUCAGACUGGAGACUCUGUAUGGGACAGCCAUCCGAAAGGUGGAGCUGGAGGCUCGUCUGCAGUACCUGAAGCAAACCUUGUAUGAGAAGUGGGGAGAAUACCGGUCCCUCAUGGUGCAGGAGCAGCGGCUGGUGCACGGUGAGUAGAACGCUGUGAAGGGCCCUGACUCCCACAGAUACCCAGCCCUGCUUCCCCUCCCCACGGUGAAGGAAGGCUGGCUGAGCUCCUAUUGGUCCCAGUAUGCCAGGGGCUGAUGCACACACAAAUUAAAUGUUCUCACAGUAGCCAUCAGAAGGCCCGGAUUAGGUACUGCGUCCUCUCUUUGCAGAGAGGACCCACCCCACCCCACCCCCAAGGCCUCAACGAGCGCUA